GAGAGAGAGAGAGAGAGAGAGAGAGAGAGAGAGAGAGAGAGAGAGAGAGAGAGAGAGAGAGAGAGAGAGAGAGAGAGAGAGAGAGAGAGAGAGAGAGAACCUAAGAGCAAAGCCGCGAUAAUCUUGAGCGUUUAGCCAAGCUAAGGUCGUUUUUCGAUCGGUGACCAAGAUGGAUAUUCACAGACUUGAUUGCCGUGAUUUCUAUGUCUCCAGGCCUUCUUCUUCAAUGCUUUUUUGCUUGAUUUUAGUCUUCGUAUUUGGUUUCGGGGGUUUUUUCCCGUAGUUUGAUCCGGCACCGUUGUGGUUGAGGUUUUGUUGUUGUUUUGGUUCUAAACCGAGGUUGGGGCAUUAACCCUGUUGCCUAUUGCUGUGUUUUGUGGUGUUUGAGUUCUGUUUUUUCAUUGAUGUGUACUUGUGUUUAAGUUUGUUUGUGACUCUUAGUUUGUGACCUGUAAUCGAGACUUAUUAAUCAUGUAUAUGAUUGUUAAGGAUUAUAAUAUGGUCUCUAUUACUGAGGAGGAGAACCGGGGUUUGGUGCUCAGAUUAAAGCAGACCCGACAGGGGUACUAAUGUGGCUAAUGAGGGAGUUUUUCUUUCGGUUGUGGCCAGAGUGGUAUCAGAUAAACCUAUUCGUGUCAUUUCUUUCCGUCAAAUGAUGGCCAUAGUCAUGAAACCAGUCCGGGGGCUUUCUAUUGAUGAGAUAAGUGAAUUUAAGUUUCUUCUACAAUUUUAAAAACGAAGGACAUCUGAGCAGAGUCAUUGAGGAAGAGCCUCGAUCCUUUGAGCAAAACCUAGUAGUGAUUAGGCGCGUGGGGCAUACAGACAAGCCCCUUGAAGUCCCACUGGAUCAUGCCGAUUUUUGGGUUCAGGCACUUGCAGGUAUGACAACAGAGGGAUAACUGGAUCUGAUCAUAUUUUUGUUAUAGGAGACUCCUAAAUCUCUGCUUCCCACAUGGGAUUCUUGGCCAUGCAGACCGUUUCUGCCCUUCCAAUCCACACAGUGGCCCUUGGAUUGAUGAGAAGCCUUAGGAGUCAUGGUUACAUGCUAAUAUGAGGAGGGGUGGUGUGCAACCGGGAAACAGGUGGAUGAUUUCUAGCAACAAUAGGCCAAGUGACAAAAGGGAUGAUAGGGAGUUUUCGGGUUCUUCGAGCAGAGCUAUAAUUGAUCAAGAAAGCUACGUGGUGGAAGGUCUUCUGUCAAAGGGCAAGGAAAUUGCUAUUAACCCGAAAGAACAAAAAAAUGCAGGGUCAUUAAACCGGUUAUCGAGGAGGGUGUUCAAAGUUCAAACAAAUAUGGAUGUUGAUGAUGUGGAUCCAAAAAACUUGCAGGCGGCGGUGCUGUCUAGAAAGCACUGCCAGUGAUAGGGGAUCGUUGUGAUGAGAAAGUGGAACCUUUGGUGGGGUCUGGUCAAACCUCUUUCUCCUUGCUAGUGGCCGGAAAAAUACGAUAUUGUUCUAUUUUUUUUUUUGUUUUUUUCUUCUCAUAACUCUUCAGUUAUUUUUGCUCUUCCUUCCAGUAGCAGGUGCAACAUUGCUAUUAAUGGGGUCUACCACAUUGCAGGAUUAGCGAGUUAGGCCACUGUUAAGCGGG